UAUACUUAACUUACUGUACUUACUGUUAUUACUAUAGACCUAAAUACGUGUAACUUAAAAUAGAGAUACAAUGUGUGAGAGUAAGUUACAGUUAGAUUACUGGUUACGGAAAAACAAGCAGAUACUGGUAGAUUUUGGUAAAUAAAGGUUACAACGGCUUGCCAUAGGUGUAGAGGUUCAGAGGCCGUAAAGAUUCCGCUUUGCGAGGUCUCUCCGUGACUGCCUGUAUGGAGCUCCAUAGGGGAGGGGGUUUGGAGAACGCAGGAGUGGUCAGAGGCAGACCAGCCGGGAACACCGGGAGAGACACUGCGGAGAACUCCGCCAGCCAAGUUACGCACAUCUCCAACUGGACUUUAAGCGACGCUUACAGUUAUGGACUUUUCCUAUUUUGCACUUGUUGCGCAACGGAGCUUACGGAUCCUUUGAAUUUGUCUUUUUUUUCUUUUCUUUUCCUUUUUUUUUGUUGCCAUAAAGAAUGAACAAUUUGCGCAUUUGGCGGUGAACGCAGCUCUUACUUUGGUAUGGAGGCACUGCAGAGGCAAGAUGAGUUCUGAUACAGAUCAUGCCGUGAACUUCUUGAGCAAUGCUUCCUCCGAACCGUCCGACGUCUCCAAUUCGAGCUCCGCCGGUAACGGGACCGAUCCGAGCUCGUUCAGUCUCAGACGCGCGCUUCCACUGGGCAUGGUUCUGGGCGCUUUUAUUGUGUUUGCUAUCGUGGGCAACAUUCUCGUUAUUCUCUCCGUUGUGUGCAACAGGCACCUGCGCAUCCCGACCAACUACUUCAUCAUCAAUUUAGCCAUGGCGGACCUGUUGCUGAGCACAACUGUCCUGCCGGUGUCCGCCACGCGUGAAAUUCUCAACUACUGGGUGUUCGGGAGGAUUUUCUGUGACAUCUGGGCUGCGGUGGAUGUGCUGUGCUGCACCGCGUCCAUCAUGAGCCUGUGCGUUAUCUCCAUAGACCGCUACAUCGGGGUGCGUUACCCGCUGCAGUACCCGAGCAUCGUGACCGAGAAAAGGGCGCUCUUGGCCAUGCUGGGGGUUUGGGUUCUCGCGUUUGUCAUCUCCAUAGGACCUCUGCUCGGGUGGAAAGAGCCCCCUUCGGAGGACGACACCGUGUGCCUCAUCACAGAAGAGCCGUUUUACGCGCUCUUCUCCUCGCUGGGCUCCUUCUACAUCCCUUUGGCGGUGAUUCUGGCCAUGUACUGCCGCGUGUACGUUGUUGCCAAAAGAACCACUAAAAACCUCGAGGCUGGAGUGAUGAAGGAGCACAUGGACUCCAACGAGUUGACGCUCCGGAUUCAUUACAAAGGCUCUCAGACGCAGGAUGACUGCAGCAAAGGCCACAUGAGGAGCUCGCUGACAGUCAAAUUGCUCAAGUUUUCUAGAGAAAAGAAAGCGGCUAAAACGCUCGGUGUCGUUGUGGGCAUGUUUAUCCUGUGCUGGUUACCAUUCUUCCUCGCUUUACCCAUCGGGUCGUUUAACACCAGUUUACGCCCUCCUGAAACGUUCUUCAAAGUGAUCUUCUGGCUGGGCUACUUCAACAGCUGCCUGAACCCCAUCAUUUACCCCUGUUACAGCCGUGAGUUCAAGCAAGCCUUUAUUCGGAUCUUACGCUGCCAGUGUCAGCAGAGGAAACAACAGGGCUGGAGAGCGUACAACUACCGCGUCCAGACGGGCUCGGCCAGCCAGGUCUACACGGACACCAGCUCCAUUUGCAUGAAUGGCAGUCAGCAGACCCUGGCCCUAAUGCAACCCAGCCCAACGUUAUUCAGCAGAGUUGUGGACUCUCGUCCUGCAUCCGGCCUUCUUCCGGGCUGGGGCCAGUGUACAUCCUCUUCCUCUUCCUCCCUAUCAGGGAGCCCUUUUCCCGGCAAGAUGAGAUCCAGCUCUAGGGCGACAAGUCCUUGCAAAACUAACAGGAUGGCUUUGCUGUUCUCCAGUGGGUCCCAGAAUGCCAAUGGACAGAAUGGGAAGCGAGAGAUCGGGCCGAUAUCUAGACACACGCCUGAGACUACAAUCUAGAUUUACGUGGAUAGUGACUUUCAUGCCAGUGAUUUCUCAGUCUCUCAAUUCUUUCCGGGAUGGAUCUGAUAUAAUAUCCUUGACGUGAAAUACAGCGGGCAUCUUAUAACGCACAUUAACAUUCUCAUGUUUAAUUUGAGAGUCGCAGUUGCUAUGUAAGAAAUAACGCACAGUCAGAUGGUAAUUAUCACAAAAUAAACCCCGAACAGGUGAUUAGGGCACAGACGCAAACAAGCAAGUAAAUAAAUGGAUAUGAAAUAUCCAUUCGAGUUGAUAUUAUUUAAUCUGCAUAUUAAACUAAGAAACAAAAACAGUGCUAUAUACAAAUCAACUGACAUAGCUAAAAAUCUUACACUGCAACGGCCUCACUUUCACAAGCAAGAUUCAUGAUGGAGGCGGUAAAAAGAGAAAGAACGAGUUUGAAAAGAAAUUUGACUGCGUUUGUCAUGUGAAACCGUUCCCACUGCCAUGGUUCCAGAAGCGUUUUUGCUUCCAUUUUCCCAUAGAGAGUUUUAAAAAGUUAUGAGCAUAAACCAAACAAACCAGCUAUGAGGUGAGUCACAGCCUUACAGACUUUGACUUACAGCAAAAGCGUAAAUUGCGCAAGACUAAUAAUAGCCUCGGCGAGCGAAACAAUGCCGCGAAGUAUUGGGAAACAAUGGAGCUUUUCAUUUUUGCGUCCAAAAAUGAAAAUUCUGUCAUUACUCACCCUCAUGCUGUUCCAGAAACGUAAGACGUUCAUACAUCUUCAGAACACAAAUUAAGAUAUUUUUAAAGAAAUCUGAGCGCUCUCUGACCAUAGCAAUGAAACCGAAACAUUCCCAGGCAUCAUCAGUACGAGAAUACAAUACAAUUAGUGUCCUCCGCAUAUAGCGUCUUUUUGGACAGAAUGACGUAUGUAAAUUGUGUAUGAUAUUAUCACAUCUUGAUUUGUGUUCCUGAAGAUGAACGAAGGUCUUAUGGGAUUGUAAUGGCAUGAGGAUGAGAUGAAGGUAUUUUCAGUGAACUAUCCCUGUAAUGCUGAUUAUAGCUUAUAAACACAAACGAUAUAUUUUGUUUAUUACCAAAUACAGAGAGGAUGUGAGAGACAGAAGGGGUUGUUUUUGCAGUAUGUAAUGUAGGUUUUCAUCAGGAAUUUAAUGUCAAGCAUGUCAAAAAAAAAACAAAAGAUGGCUGAUGGCUUCAACGUCAGCAUGUACCAUUGAUUAACAACCUCGUAAAGUCUGUCUUUAAAGUUGUAAAAUUAAACAAUUUAACAAAAUAAAUGGGGUUUUUACUUCUGGAACCUGACUGGCGCACUCUAUAAAGCUAUAUAGCAGCGUUUACUAAAUUUUUCUUAAAGGGAUAGUUCACCCCAAGAAUGAAAAUUGUUCCCUCAUAUCGAUCCAAACCUGUUAGACCUCCGUUCAAGUCAAGCUAUUUUGGAUGAACUCUGACCCUCCAUAAACGGUAAUGUAAUUGCCACGAUCGAGGUCUAGAAACACAGUAAGGACAUCUCUGUAAAAUCAACCGUAGUUUUUCACAAAACUAAUAGAAUACUUGUGCGCAAACAAAAAACCCCAAUAACUUUAUUCAACAAUUUGUCUCUCCUCGAACUGAAAGUUGAUGUCUUUAUUUUCUUUGCGCACAAAAUUACUGUUGAACCCCUGAUGUCAGAUGGAUUACUUUACCGAUGAUGAUUUACCUCCAUUACUGUUUAUGGGAGGGUUAGAGAGCUCUGAGAAUUCAUCAGAAAUAUCUUCAUUUGUCUUACGAAGAUGAACGGAGAUCUAACAGGGUUUGGAACGACACGAGGGUGAUUCAUUUAAGGCAGAACUAUGACAGAACUUUACAAAUUUACAAUGUUAAUUAUUGCAGAAAUGCAACAUCGCAGUCUGUGAAAAAAGGCGUAUUGAAAUCUGAGGUUAUUUCGAAUACCAAUAUCACUACAUCGGUACGUGUUUAUUAUUGUGUACAUACUCUUUCAAAUUUGUAGAUCGUAAAGAGUCUAUAUUUGGCCUGUUUGACUAUAGUGGUUAUGACUGUAGUAACUUUUGCAUGAAUAAAGGGAUCAGCUCUGCACCUGGACUUCCGUGCACAGCUGUGGGCAGCGCUGACAAAAACUCAGUAUGACUUGCUCACUGGUCUUUUCACUUCAUUUAUUUAUUUCUCUUUUGAUCUUCAUGUUAUUAUUCAGGUUGUGUCGGUUUCAUAAUAAUGCUUACUGGACUGGUCGAGAUUAUCCUGUUAGAUUCACAGGUAGAGGUAAAUCCGCGACGCCUUGCGGUUUCCGGCUCAAAAGGUGAGGGUGUUGAAGACGUCAGACGUCUAAACUCAUUUUGGUUUUGGGUCCUCACAGCACACUUUUUAACAAAUGGAUGGGUGGCAUGAAAAGCUAACAUCUGACCGAACAGUUUAAGGCACAAACCAACAUAUUGUGUGCGCUCUGAACCAGCAAAUUGGAUUCUUUCAAGGUGUAAAUGUGUUAUACAACAAGACUUCUUACUUAAUAAGAAAAUGUGGUCACUGGUUCUAUAUUUAAUGCUCCAUUCAGUGGAUAUAAAAGGAAAAUAUUGUUCACUUUGGGUUUAUUUCAGCCUCGAUUUGUUUUGUGCAGCCGGAUAUUUUUCAAGGGAAAACGUCGGAAAACGAAGGAUGUGUGCAUUUCUUCUGAUGUGUUUUUCACAUUCACAACUGUACAUCUUUACUAAGUGGACCAUAUAAAAGUUGUCUCUCUAUAUUUAGUGUUAUAGUGUGUGCUGUAGUAUAUAAAGACUUAUUUUAUUUUCUCUUGAGACAAGUGCAUAAUGAAGAAAUAAAUUUCA